AUGGAGGAAUAACUUUCACAAUUAAAACUUUAAGUUGAUCAACUAACUGAAGAAGCAGAGUAUGAUUUCCAAAAAGGAGAACAUUACAAACCUCAAAUUACAUCCAUUAUUAAAUAAAUUGACUCCUUGAUUGAAAAUGAAGAAUUAGAAAUCUCAAAGAAGCAUAAGAUAGAGCUCUAUUUCUUAAAAGGAAAGGCCUCAGAUAUUCUACCAGAAUAUUCCAAGUUUGCUGAAGAAGCUCUUACCAAAGCAAUGAAAUUGAACCCUUUUCACAUAGACAGCUUAAAUACCCUUGGACAUAUAUUAUGGAAGAAAAAAGAUUUUCUAGCAGCCAAAUAAUGUUUUGAAACUGCAAUUGAAAAAGAUCCAAAUAAUAUAAAAUCAUUAUAAUACUUAUCGAUUGUUUUGAGACAAGUCGGAGAUUAAAAGGAUAAGAGUGCAAAUGUGACCAAAUCUUUAGAAAUAGCUAAGAAAGCCUUAACUUUUGAUUUAAAAAAUUCAUAAUCUUGGUAUUUGGUUGGGAAUGCUUACCUCUCUGAUUAUUUUAUGAAUCCAAAGAAAAAUAAUAAUGAAUUAAAUCUCGCUUUAUCUGCAUACAAUUAAUCAGAAAAGAAUUAAACUAGAGAAAACCCUGAUUUAUAUUUCAAUAGAGGAAAUAUUCACUGUUAUUUUGAAGAUUAUCAAUUGGCCUUCAAUGAUUAUCAGAAAGCCAAUUAAAUAGACUAAUCCUUAACCAAUGAUACAUUAAAAGAAGUCUAAUAGAAAGUACUAAAAGUGUAUGAUUUGGUCACAAACAAAUGCAGGAUAACAUAAAAGAAGCUAUCAAACAUUGUCAAAUAAAUUCCAAUAGGAUUGAGAGAAUAACCUAAAGGAUUCGAUAAACCACUUUAAAUGUGUACCAUAGGAGAUCUUAAAGAUGGAAUAAAUAAAGGCGUGAUUCUAGCUAGCAAAAGUUUGGUAAGUUAUACACAGUAAAAUACAGUGCCUGCUGGAUUUGUGAUAGUGGAUAGUAAAUUAAAUUUUGCUAGUCUAUCUAUUUAUAAUGCCUCAUAAGAAAUUUAUGAGAAGAUUAGAGAAUUAACUGAUGUGUUUAUAAUUGAACCAGAAGUGAAAUAAAUAAAUUGCGAAAUAGAUGGAAAACAAAUAUCUUAUAUGUGUAUAUAGGUAAAAGACGCAAACAAAAUUUACGUUGAGAACGAAAAAAUAGUUAACCAAUUAGCACAUUCAAUGGUCGUUAAUUAAACAUUUGAGAAGUGAGAUUUUGAUCUAUAAUAUUUUUGAUUGAAGUAUCAUUAUGA